AAAAGAGAAAUGUUGAGAUUACAGUUCACAAAGCUUGAUCACUUUACAGAGAACGAUUAUUAUGUUUUAAUUCAGUAUAUAAUAAAUUUUUAUACUACUUUCAAUCACGGGAGUUCAAUUCACGCUAUCGCGCUAUCAUGUACACAUGUGCGCGUUAAUAAAAGUUCUUUCUGAUUGCGAACACACACGGAACAACAUCUGAAGCUUUUCAUAUGCCUUGAAUUAAACAUCGUCAGCAGUGCGAUAGAAUCAAGCUUGAUAUUUUGCAACAAUGCAAUCUCAUUGUGGUAUAUACUUAUUAAUUCACGUAUUAUUCCUCGUAAAAUCGAUCGAGUCGUUCGACAACAAUGGGAGCGAGUAUUUCUCAUCCUUGGAGAGAAACUUGAUAUUGAAAUUGAAAACAGCAACACGGUUGAAGCAUAAUCUCGGGAAGAUUCUUUACGAGUUACCAAUAGAGAAUUACGAAUUGCAUCAUUCCGUAAAGAUCAUCGGAGAUUACUUGAGGAAUGGUGGUUCGUUGAUCGAUUGUCUAGAUGUCUUACCUUCCAUAACGCAUGUGCCUAUCGAAGAGCAGAUAGAUAGUAUUCUAGGAUCCAUGGAGGACCAUUUACCCAAAUAUCUAAUACCAGCGAUAUCUUUAAUCAGACGAUUUAUAAAGGAAGGAGUUCUGGACGUCGAGGAGAUCCACAGACCGACCUGGGGACCACCAAAGAGCGAUCUGUUAGAAAAGAUCUCUCUGAUGGAUCUGAAGAAAGCGGCUUCGCCUUUGAUUUAUCGCGAGCCGCUCAAGGAUCUCAAAGGACCUUGGCCAAAGAUAAUCGGCGAGACUGCCUCGUUAAUUAAUUACAAGAUCGUCUCUCCGCGUCGGGAACUGAUCGCGUAUAUGUUAGCGAAUUUGAAGAUAACGAAGGCAACGACGGAGAUUAGAGAAUCGAUCACAAAUCUUUUCGAAUAUUUGCUAUCAAAUGGCGAUCACCAAUUGACUAAUCUCAAAACGUCUUCCAAUCCGUACCAGCUGAUUUCCAAUGCUGUUUCGAACUUAUCUCUGCAGAAUGAGACUCUGGUAGCUGCCAAUCUAUUGCUGCCAUUUCUGAAGAAACCGUCCGAGUGUUGGGAAUCUUCUGAAUUUAUCAACUUUUUUCACGACAACAUUCUAAAUUAUACUCUUCUGAUAUCGCGGGACAGAUUGUUUUCCAGAUCGAAAGCUGGUAUCGCACUCUCGUCUAUGAUCCAGAAAAACAAUUUGGACGCACAUAACACCAUCGAGCAAUUCCAUCCCUUCGAAUAUGUAUCUCACAAGGACUUGCUGUUGGCUUUCGUCAGUCAACUCAAACGUCAGCAGACUCAUCGAAAUGGAGUGUCGGAUGUCGUGAACAGCGUCUAUGGCGAUCUGCUUCUGACAAACGCUCAAAAGCGACGGAAAGUUUUGAGAAAUCGAGAUAUCACUGAAGUGAUUCUCAUGGCAAUGGCGAGAAUAGAAAACUCUAUCAGGAUCCAAAGACUGCUUGCGAAUGUGGCAUCGGAUAAAAGCGUCAAGCCGGAAGUUUGGCAAAAGGCUCCCGCCUUUGGUUUGUCGGAAAAUGAUAUCAACGGUCCGAUAGACGCUACUCUAAAGACUCUAAAGGCGCUAUUAUUCUCAGACCUUGUUACGUCUGACGUUCUAAAAGCGAAGAUUGCAGAGUUGAUCAACGCGUACGAAAACAGAAUCAAUGAGGAGCAGGCCAAGUGCAACAGUCGAUUAGAAACAUACUGGAGCAAUUUUACUAAAGCAGGAAAAGAAAUCGAGACAAAGAGGAGAAAGAUAAGGGACAUAGACAUCGAGGAUCUCCUUCAAGCUUUGCCUGGUUUGAAUAUCUACACGGAUGAGUAUAUAAGCUUGAAAAUUUUUCUGUCACAGAGUAAUCUGGAAGAGAAGAUAGGACAAGUAGACGUGAAUAUGCAUCCCACCAGAGGUAGAUUGUUAGCUCAGUUGCUAAAAAUGAUGGAAACUGCCAGCGGCAUUGACGACAAUUUACGUCAUUUGGCUAUGCGGUUUAUCGAUAACGUGGCUUAUGAGGGUUACGGUGCUGGUGCUUUAUUACAACGUUUCAGUGAGAUUUGAAUACAAAGACAAAAUCUAGAAGACAUUCUCUACGUGAAUAAAUUCUUUGCACGAUGAUGAAUGAUGUUAAACAUUAUAUAUUGAAAUUUGUAGCUCACACGUA